CAGCUUCAGCGCACGAUGCCACCAUGACGGCGCCCCGCGACCGCGCCGACGACCACGUCGAGCUCCUGCCUCUCAAGUCCAGCCUCGUCCACAACAAUAACAGGGACAGCAGGGACAACAGCAACAACAACAGCGAUGACGCCUACUACCCGCCCAACAACCCCUCCAGCUCCAACCUCUACGAGUAUACGUUGCUCUCGAAGCGGACACCGGCGUCCAAGAGACUGCUGGGUAAACCGGCGCAGCCCGCGCCACUGUUCACAUUGUUGGGUGCUCCGCCGCCGUCCCGCAAGCGAGAGGAGAUGGCCGCCAUCGCCAACCUGAAGAAGAAAGUGGCACCGGCGCUGCUACAUCAGUCGAGAACAACGAGAAACAACAACGAAGAAAAGAAAGAGGCCACCGAAGAACAACUCGACAAUAGACCAAAGCUACUUCAAAAGGUGCUACAAAAUCGGCCCGUCAGCAUGGUCGUCCAGUGGAGCGAGGUGCGCACCGCGUGGCAGGACAGCGACUUCAUCACGGAGUGCCUCUGCUGGCACAACGUGUACCGUCAGCGGCACGCGGCACCGCAGCUGUACAUGGCGCCGGAGUUGUGCGACUAUGCGCAGGCGUGGGCCAACCACCUCGCGCAUACUAACCGCUUCCGAUAUCGGAACGACCGCGACGUCGGACAGAACCUCUACCAGCGCCCCGUUAGUGCCAUCCAGCCGGAUGUCACAGGGCAAGAAGUAUCGUCGUACUGGUACGCGGCGGUGCGGCAGUACAACUUUUUCAAGGAAUCCGAUGUUCUUCACGCCAAUGUCAAUGCUGGUCAUUUCACCCAAAUGGUGUGGGUUUCAACGAAGUUCUUCGGCGUGGGCAAAGCGCGCUCCCGGGCGGGUAAGGUGAUAGUGGUGGCCAACUACUCUCCCCCCGGCAACCAGUCCGGCCAGUUCGAGGCGAACGUCCUCCCGCCGACGCCGGACAAUCAACCGGUGCCGGAGCCGCAGCACUGACGGUUCUCCAUCCGUGGCCGCCGCCUGAGGAUCGACGCCACGAUGACCAAAUAGGUUACCGACCUCUUUGGUUUUGUAAAGGUUUUUUUUAAACGUCGUACGGUACGUGACAAAGAUCAUCGCGAU